UUUGGGUUCUCAAGUCAUUUUCCUAUAAUCCUGCGUCUUCCUUCUGCUCGUUUCUCUCGCCCAUCGGAUAAACCCUAAAUAAGAACAGCUCCAAUUGGGGUCGUAGCUGAGAUCUUGAGGUUCAUUGCCGUGUGCGGUCUUUUGGUUGCUUUGCUGCUCCUUGGAAAAUGAGUCAUCAGCUUGGCUUCAUAUGAGUAAAAGCUUCUGUUUUGAAAUUGGAGUUAAGAUAAAGACGAUUUCAUGGUCAAAAACAUGAAGAAAGGGAUGCAUCCUCAGCUGCAGUAUGUUUCUUAUGUGACUCAAAGCGGGAGGCUGAUGCACGUGCUGAUGACUAAAAUUCACCAUGUUGGUAAAGUGUACCAUUUCAGGGCUAAGCGUCAGAUGGCUCAGAGCCUCGGCCAGAUCGCAAAGUUCAAGCGACGUUAUGGUGAGAAUACCGAGGAAAAUGAUGCAAAAUAAGCGUUCCUACAAUUUAGUUGUUUUAAGUAGCACAACAUUUUAAGUUUGGAGUUGAGCAGACCUUGAAAUGAUGUUAGUUGUAUUGAAUUGUCAAAAAUGCUCCACGUACUUGACCUCCCUUCGCUUGGAUGAUUGGAUCUCAAGUGGUUUAAGUGAAAAUAAUUUGUUGGAUGAUAUUGGGAGCUUCUUGUUUGUAGUUGACGUCGAACAAAUUGGGUGCAUAAAUUGAUGAAACUCGAAGACGUUAUCACACAUGAUCGUGGAACUUCAUUUUUAUGGUUGGUGGUUUAAAAGUCUUGAUUGGAGCAAGAACUUUAUAUAUAUAUAUUUUUACCAUUUA